UGAAUUUGUUGUAUAAUUUUUCAGUGUUCAUAAUGGUGAUAAUAUUGGCCGUUUCGGAUGCAGCUACUAUUCAUCAUUCAAUGAUGAAUACAGAUCAAUUGCAUAAUACAAAAACAAUUAUGACCAAUUCAUUGGCGGUUGAAACGAAUCCAAUUUUAAAUAAUCCAUAUCUGAUUGAUCAAAAAGCUGAAAAACGUUCUGGAGAAUUUUUUCCUGAAAAUUUUAUAACAACUGGUAAAAUGGCAACACCCGAUUUUGAUAAUAUUCCUUCACAAUUUAUUGGACCAAAUUAUGCAUUCGGAAAUUCUCGAUUACCAUUAAUGGCAUCGGGACUGUCUGGUAUUGAUAAAUCAUCAGUCAUUAAUAAUUUGCCAGCUAAAGAUGAAACCAGUAAUCUGUUUGGAUCAGCAUUGAAAAGAUAUGAUAUGAAAAAAUAUUUAUUGAAAAAAAUCCUUGGAAAUUCUCAUGAUCUGGACGAAGAUAUCGAUGAUGGAUUUUUCAGUAACAAACACCUUAAACGUCAUGGAACAGCCGGUGUUGCAGCCAAAGUUCUCGGUGAAUUGAUUGGCAUCAAAAUUCGUGAAUCAAUCGAAGGAUUUGGUAAAUCAUUUAGUGAAUAUGCAAAAGAUUUUACCGCUCGAAAUUUCGUCACUAUGGGACAACUAUUCGGUCGAUUAUUUCGUAUCUCACAGCCAUAGAAUUUUCGUCAACAAUAAUAACAAAAAAAAGACCAAUUUAAAAUGCCAAUUUUGUACAUACCAAUUUAAUUAA